CCCCUUCUCGGGCGCUGCCCCGGCCGCCGGGUACCCAGCCCAAACCUGCGCCCCCAGCUACGGGCACCACCAGCUCUACCUCGGCCAGCAGGACGCGGAUGGGGUGUACUUCCAAGCGGCCGGGUACUCCCCCAACGCGGGAUCCAACCUCGGCUCCUUGGCAGAGAGCUACUGCGGGGCGGUGGCGGCCGCCGGGCAGUACCAGCCCCACCACCUUUACGGGCAGGAGCAGCCCAGCUACUUGCCCGGCGUUUACAGCAACCUUUCGCCUUCUUUAAACGAGGACAAAGACCCUGCGUGCCCCGUCGAGCCGUGCCCCAACGCCGGCACCACGCAGACCUUCGACUGGAUGAAAGUGAAGAGGAACCCGCCCAAGACAGCUAAAGUGUCGGAGUACGGACUGCUGGGCCAGCCCAACACCAUCCGCACCAACUUCACCACCAAGCAGCUGACGGAGCUGGAGAAAGAGUUUCACUUUAACAAGUACCUCACCAGGGCCCGGAGAGUGGAAAUCGCUGCUACCCUGGAGCUCAACGAAACCCAGGUCAAGAUCUGGUUCCAAAAUAGGCGGAUGAAGCAGAAGAAGAGGGAAAAGGAAGGUCUCGCCCCGGCUGCUGCCUCCAGGGCUGCGAAGGAAGCGAAUGAAGCCUCGGAUCAGUCCAACUGCACCUCACCUGAGGCCUCUCCCAGCUCGGUGUCUUCCUGA